CUUACCUACUUUUGAAUUUUGCGUUACUAUGGUUGGUUUCUGUACUAAUAGACUUGAUACGUCCGCAUUAUUCCCUUAUUCUGUUUCACAGAUUUAGUAGAUCCAGCAAUAUGUACCAAAAAUAUUUUCGAAUCAAGCAUUUUUAUUACCGGUAUCAAUUCAUCGUCAAAUUAGCUCAAGGAGCAUGUUAAUUUGGUUUACUUUCAAACCUUUCUAUGUUGCGCAGGAAUAUAAUUCCGUUAUUGAUCAAUAACAUCCAAAAAUUCGUCUGUAGUCCUCCACUAUUUUUUUGCAAAGCAGGCCUUUUUCCGUAUAAAUUAACUACUUGGCGGUUUUUUGGGAUAGUUUCAUGUGUUUCGUUCAUCAUUUUCAAAGAUACCAGGCUCACAACAAAAAGCUAAAUUCAUUGGAACUUUGCAUUUGUAUCGUCAGGUGAUGUUUCAUAAAUGUCAUGUGUUCACUUACUAGUGACUUCAGAAUAUCAGUUGUUCUCUUGUUAGUUUCCGUAUAGUUUCUCAUAUUAGCCAUCUUGUCAUUCGCUAUUCGACUAUCUGAAUUCCUAAUAUUCUCAUUGCUUGUCGUCCUCAUUAAUCGCUAAGACUAUCCCAACUAUUCAUUAUCUCUACGACUAUUUAUAGUAGUAAACUAUAUUGUCUUCUAAGCCAAUAAAUUUGUAAAAGGUAUCAAUAACUAUGGUGGCUUUUGUGCAUUACGUGGAGUAAUAAUCUUAAACUUGUUCCCAUAAUAUAUUUCUGUAACAUUGUAAACUGGAUAAUCAUACUACCACAGGGUAGCUACAGCUGAUCCAGUUAUAUUUAUCACCACUGUGUUUUAAGGCUUUAAAGAUCAUCAUUAUGAUCCAGAAGCACUUACGUGUUUAUGAAAUUCUAACUUAACUAUUCGCUUGUUGGCGAGGUUUACAUUGCGUAUGGUUGACGUGGGUCUUCUUGAUAUGUUCUGUUGUUUGUUUUAGUUUUUUCUACCGUAAGUUCGACAUAACCAGUGGGUAAUGUAAAGUUAUCAGAAAUCAACAAUGUUACGAAAAAACAGGUUAUGUAAAAGCACUUUCAUUUAUUGUAAUCGCGCUUUGUUGCUAUGAGUAAUACCCAACGCACUUGUGAUUAAAAUAAUAUUCUAGAUCCUACUAAGGAAGUCUGAUAAACAUCUCUAUCAAGUCUUGAUUAUUAGUCAUAUAUCCCUUUGUAAGAUCACAAUAUCUCAUGAUCCAGGUAUGGGUUAAAGUAGAUCGUAUAGUUUCAUCUGAAUUCAAUUUCAAGCAAAAAGAUGAAGAAAUGUAAAGGUUCCGAAAAAACGAACAUUGACACUAUCCAUUAGUAAUAAACCAAAUCCAUGUAGAAAUAAAACAAAGUGUAAGGAUAUACAUGCUCUUGUUAUGUAGUUUGAGCUAUAACUUAAGGUUGUUGAUACUGCCCAGUUGCUUAAACAUGUAUGGAGUGAUGUUCGGCUUAACACUGACCACUAAACCAUUGCUGUUACUGAGUAAUAUAGCUGCACUUUCGUGGAUUUCUUCCAACAGUCUUAAGAAGUCAUGCACAAUAAAGUUCCAGCUAUUAUCGAUUUUAAAAGGACUUAAGCUAACGUAUUUCGAUUUUUAUGGCAUUAGUCGUUAAUCAUUCCUGUUUAUACGUUGAAUCAAUCACCAGAAAUAAAUCAACUUGAACUGGGCAUUUAAAGCAGCCUGGUAGAGCGAAAUAGAUAUUUGGCCUCUGUGCUAAUUUAUCUUCACUGUAAUAGUGUGAGGCGUUGGAGCUUUAGUCGGUACAUGUUUAUGUUAGGUCUUGUGUUGUUUCUUUCCCCUUGAUGCCUUAAUUGUCAAUUUGUCUAUUUAUUAGCUGCAGUUAUUGAGUUAUUUCAUUCCAUAAAUCAUUCUCUCAAAGUACUUUAUUACCCACAAAUAUAAUUCCCCGGACUUUCAGGAACAUAUUGGUGAACAUUCAACUAGCAUUUAUCAUGAUACUGUCUCUAUCGGUGGUGGUUCAUCAUUUCCGCAGUUUCCUUCCCAAACACGGGGAUGGUCAGAUGCGACCGAUCCAAAUUCCGAGUCACUAGCCGUUGAAAUUUCUGGAGCAAUGAGUGAUAAAGACCGUGUUCUAUUCAAGAUUCAUACAAAGACUACAUUGCCUGAUUUUAAACAAAAUGAAUGUGAUGUACAACGAAUGCAUGAAGAAUUCGUCUGGCUUCAUGAUCGUUUAGUUGAAAAUGAUGCAUAUGCAGGUUUAAUUGUCCCACCAGUACCACCCAAACCAGAUUUCGAUGCAUCUCGUGCUAAACUACAACGACUGGGUGAAAAUGAAGGCAAUCUACCCGUAGACGAUCUGCGGAAAAUGAAAGCUGAAUUAGAAGCUGAAUACUUAGCUACUUUUAAGAAAACAGUUGCAAUGCAUGAAGUGUUUUUACAACGACUAGCAUCACAUCCAACAUUUAAACAUGAUCAUGGUUUUCGUGUAUUUCUGGAAUUCGAAGAAGAAUUAAACGUACGAAAUAAGACAAGGAAAGAAAAGGCUGUUGAUUUUUUAAAAUCUGUCUCAAAAUCAGCUGAUGAAACUUUAUGGUUAAAUAAUCAACGUGAUAAUGAUGUUUUCUUUCGUGACGAGAAAUGUAUCUUAGCUGUUUAUCAUUCAGCUAUAAAAGAUGCAACGGUAGCAGCGGAUCUAGCAUCGAAAUGUCGUAAAACUAAUGCAAAUACUUUAUUACAAAUUGAAUUGGCUCUAUCUAAUUUAAUUCCAAAAGAAUGCAAUAUCACUUCUGAAACCGAGUUAGUUGGAUUGUUAUUUAAAAAAAAAUAGAUUUUGAUUGCUUUGUUUUUUGUUGCAAUAGAUUGUGUUCAUUUGUGAUUACUUCUAUCUCUCUCUUCCCACUUCUCCGUGAUAUCGACUUUUGUUCUGUUUGACUUUUAAUUGAAACGAAUGCACUAAAUAUAUACACAUUUCAAAGAAAUAUAAGGAAGGAAAGUAUCAAUUAUUUACAAUACAAUUUUCACGGUUUAAAUCAUGAAUUGAUCUUAACUAAGCAACCGUCAAAAACUCGGAAGCACUGGACAGCUGUCUCGUCUUGAUAUAAGACUCCUCACUAGUGCCCAUCCACAACGUCAUCAGAAGGAAUCGAACUGACGACUUUGUAUCUCGCGCAUGGACGCUUAACCUCCAGACCGUUGAGCCGGUACCAAAUGGUUUACAUGUCUGAUUCUAAUCAGUUCACGAUUGUACAGCUAUCAUUCACUGCCUGCUUUGGAUAAAUAUUUCACACACGACCUAGUUGAACUCCAUUGGUCACUGCAAUUGUUAAAUCUAGGCUACAGUGGAACUUUAACUAGAUAUUGUAGUUGUCUUUUAGCUUAUUAAUAUUUUCUAAAUUCCAUUUAACGGAAAGAAGGCCAUCUCAUGUGAUUCAACUGUCAUAGUAGUCUAGGUUUUCGAAAUAAGCACCUACUCAAUCAUAUAAGCAGAUCUGAAAGGUUAGGAAAAUUUAAAAUUUACUUCCUUAUCGGUCUUUCAUCUUUUUGCCAACUCUUCAGCCGGACCGAAUAAUAAAUUAGCCUAAAAUCAUUUUAACAGUGAAUAGAUUGUCACUUAGUAAACUCAGUGUUCAGCUAGCCCAUACUGGGUAUUUAUUUGCUGUAGUCGUAACGCAGCUCAUAAAAUAGAUCCGCCUAUUCUAGAGUUGUAUCCACCGUACAUCUCUAUCUAAAUCUUCAGUAUAUUUUCUUCAUAUAAUUUUAAUUCUUCCACUUUACUUAUCUCUUUCGACGUAUACUUAUCAUGUUUAGCUUUCCAAUCCAAUCAAUAGUAAUUUGUCAUUCUACAUUCCUCAUUCUGUUAAUUUCCUUUCGCUACACUGUUAAAAGUUGUGGCAUCUCAGACUGAUGUACAUUCAUAUAAUGUACUACAUUGAUUAUGAAUGAUUACGUACUUUAGACUACUUGUAAGUAAACAUAUAACAUAAAUUAUGUGAACUCUUUGUAACGGUCGCUUCGUAACGUCGUUGGAUUGCGUGAUAACCUUAGUUCCGAUAACUAUUAAUAAAUAUUGUAAUAAAUUUAUCCUAAAUAGGAUGAAAGACGCCUCCCAAAUUUCACUGCUGGCCACGUUUAAUUUAUCCCAUGAAAAAACUCCCGACAUGGUUAUAUCGAAGCAAUCCUCACAGGACACACAUGUCAAAUAAAAUUAAUUAAAAUCCAUUACAAAAGUAUCAACAAUCGGAUAAUCCUAAGAGAAAAAGUACUAUUACAAAUUGAUAAGCAGAGAUGGAUAGUAACUUGUAGUGGAAACCAUGACUCGCGUUUCGUCCUAUUUGGGGCUCGUCAGCCGAAUGUACCUGCAUCCCAGAAUUGAUGUUUUCUCCAGGACUCGAACCCACUACCAUUCGCUUCAAACCCCAUCGCAUUAUUCACUUAGCUUCCAAAUUGAACUAUGUAAACAAUUUUUAUACUUCAAGAUAAUUCAGAGUUUUGCUGUUACAGUUCUAGUAUACAUUUUAUUCGUUACUCAUAAUUGUGUUUGAAUUAUUUCUUCUUUUCAACAGUUUGACAACUUUGUUAUCCAAUUUCUUUGAAAGCUUUCAAGUGAGUUAAUUCCUUAUUUUUGGUAUAUAAUAUUUUAAUGUGUAAGAUGGUAAGUGGUUGUAGAGUUAGUCGACAGGAAAUCCUGUUUCACUUACGUUUUGUGCUAUUUGGCACUGCUUUUUAGCAAAGUGUGCCUGUUAUCUUAAAGAAACUUUUAGUCGCCCAGAAUCUGAUUCCAGUUUGAUCAGACCAAUGGUCUUUAUCAAAUGAUUGCUAUUGGCAGGCUCACCACUUUGAUGUCCCUCUAUCUGACUCUAGUAAUAUCAUAUGAUUGAUUGAGUAGUUUGAGUUGCUCAUCGAUUAAGUCGGUCAUUUCGUUUAUCGGACGCGUAGAAUUCAAGAUGUUCACCGUUUGCGUAGAUUUACGAGGUGAGUUUAGUUCGAAAUCGAGCUUACCAUUUUAGUGGUGCCGUGAUCUCUCCAGUUUGAUCGUAUGGUCGAAAACUGCAUUGUUUAUCGAUUGACCUGGCUUAGCUCAGUUUAUUCGCCGAAAGUGUGGAGUGUAGAAGGUUCUCGAUUGCCGUAGUUUUCUUCGUUCGGUUAGCCGACGGCGGACCACCACUUUAGUGGAGCCCUUCAUUUUGACGUCAAUUAGAUCGUAUGACUGAUUGAGUAGUCCGAGUUGGUUCACUCGCCUACUUCAUUACGCGUCAUUUUGUUUUGUUUCGCUUCCCGAUCAACGAUUGUACAAAAUAUACUUAUUCAAAAAUUCAUCCUCGUAUUUCACUUAUUUUAUUUCGUUAUUAACCAAUGUGAGUUAAGUUUAUGAUUAUAUAUGAGGAUUGGCGACAUGUAUAUUUUGAUAACAAUCAGAAACGAUCCAACUGGAGUCAGAUUUUGGGCCACAAAGAACUGAUGCUCUCUUGCUCUUUCGUUCCCAUAUUACCUAGCUUUACAGUCAGAGACGUUACCACUGAGCUGUUCUGGCUAUGACUGACCCCGUAGAACUGAGAUGUAUUUAUACUUGAUUGAUCACUGAAUAGUAACGAAUGUUACAUCUCAAGUUCUCUUUAGUACUAAUUGAAUUCUAUUGAUAAAGUUGCAAUGUAGUGAAUAUUAGUCCUUGUGGCUCGACAUCGCGUGCAUUGUGUUGAGGUGGGAUGUACGACGAUGGUUGGAGAUAAUUAACUGGAAGCCGUGGACCUAGGUUUCGUGUUAUUUAACACUUGUCAGACUAGUGGCCACAUUGCAACUUGCCUGUCGGUAGAAUGUGAUCAGCACUGAGAGCGACUUAACAUGCAUGACAUUGGUCACCACUCAAUGGUCAAUCAGUCGUACAUACUUUUGUGUUUAAAUAAAAACUUUUAACUGUCUCACAAAUAUUUGUUUAAUCGUUUAUUCCCAACGCAUCCCUCACACAUGUCAUGUAAAAUAUACAAAAGCAAUUACUUAAUAUUUAUCCACAUACUAAUGUUUAUUCCACUUAAAACGUAAUUUUGAUUAUAUAUGAAAUUUAAGGCUGUCUGUUUUCUUUUUAAAGUUUUUUUUUCUAGUUUGCGAUCUGAAUGUUCCUUUUUUCUCCCGUCUCUAAAACGAGGUUCAGUGUAUGUGUGUGUGUUGUUUAUCACUUACUUGGAGGGGGUAGCAUAGUGGUUAAGGCGUUCGGAUUUCAACCACUAGGUUGUACGAAUUCCCAAGUUCCAUUUCACCUACCUCUGCAGUGGCACACUAGCUCUUGUACGUAAACUGUAACUCAAAGCUUAUUACACCAAUCGGUAGUUAGUAAAUGAAUCAGAUCUAUCUAGUAUAUAACUUACUGAUUAACUUGCCGACUGACUGGAUAUGUUAGUACCGUCACUUUAAAUAACAAAAUACUUUUUAUAGAUAUAAAAAUGAGUUAUUAUUGGAAAGUUACCUAUAUUUGUUUUACAUUUAGGACUGGAAUACAUGCUUUUUUUAUUUUGCGCUUCUGCUCAUAAAUGACUACAUUCAAAUAGACUGUGAAUGAAAAUGAAUGGUUUCUCAGAUUGUCCUAAAUUUUGUCGAAUUUUUCUCCUGUGAAAUAUAAAAGUAUAUAUUCAAUCGACUGAUCAUUCAGCAGUUAUCAAUGUUAUGUUUAUCUAGUCCUUUUGUGCUGAUUGAAUCCUAUCGAUCAAGUUGUAACGCAGUCACUGGUGUGACUUGACACAACGUUUAUUAUGUGUUAGGUGGUUGGAGGUAGUAUACAGGAAACCCUGAAUCUAGGUUUCAUUUUAGUUGGCACUCCUCAACAAGAUCCAGGGUUGUCUUCCAAUCAAUUUAUUGAUAAUGUCUAACGAUGAAGCUAGGUGGUUCAUGUUCCAGUCUCACAAAGAACAUUAGUCCCCUCAAAGUUAUAGAUACACCUUGUUGAUGUGUGUCAAUUAAUGCAAAACUUAAUUUCAGGGUUUCCUCCCGAAUAUUUCUAACCACUUAAAUUGGCAGUAUUGCUAUUGCAGUCGAUUCCGAGCUAUGUUAUUCGAUUUAUUCAACUGCUGGUUAUGAUAAUCGUGUUGACCCCAACCAAGUAGUUUACACCUACGUACAUGGUUCAUCCCAUCAUUCUUCUUGAAACAUCACAAGAAAACAGCGAAGAGAUGCGUAUUUCGUCCUAAAAAAUACUCAUAUUUUUUAUGUUUAAAGGUUAAAAGUUAAUACUAUUUUUUUAGUUUCGGCCAAUACGUCAUAUGUAGACAAUAUCUGUCACAUCAGUCCAAGUUAGCCAGCCAUGUGCAGCAUAGAGCCUGGCACGUACGUUCAACAAUCCAAGUUACCAUACCACAUUAGAACAGCGGGAUAAAGUUGUCAAGACACCUGAGUAUUAGAAUUAGUAACGUUAUGAGUACUAUUAAGAAAGAUUAGAUACAGUAAAAGAGCGAAAGAUGGAGCGAAAAUGUGUCGUUACUCAUUGUAAAAGAAAACAGAGUGAAUGCAUCUACGAACGUUCAUGAGCCAUGUCAUGCAAGGUUUCUAACUAUCGGUUACGAUAAUCAUACGGAUCCUAACCAGGUACCGGAAUUGGGAUCUGUACAGUUAUAUUUUUCUCUAGUAAAAGAAUCAAAGUACUAAAUCUUUAUCAUUAGUUUUUUCUUUCAAUUUUAAAUGAUUUUACUUUCCAGUUGUUCAUAAGGUCUGUUCCAUGAAUUGCGUUUUGUUAAGAACCAAUGUCGAUUAUUAAGGAUUAUUUAUUGAUUUUCGACAUUACCUUUACGUUUGUUCAAUUAAAUCCAAUCAUUAGCAUAAGUUUCAUAAAUAACUGUACUGAAUUCAGUGUUUUAUUGAGUUUCUUUUUUUACUCUUCAGAAUAUAGCCUAGUGCUUUUGUGAAAUAAAAAUGUUCUUAUUUUUCAAUAUAAAAAUGAUGCUGAAUAAACCAGGUAGAUUGAUAAGAGGAUGGAGCCUAUUAUGUGGGGUAGGCUAAGCAAAUUGAUGAAUGCAUCCCAUUUGUACACAUUGGUAUAGACUAUUGCGAAUUAGUUUCCAUAAUUUCCACUUUUUAUAGGCACUGUUUUAUUCUCACGACUUUAUGGUAAAUUACUGAGGACUAGGCAUAGAACUGGAAGGAACUCCUCUAUUCUGAACUAGUAUUCACUGUCUAUCAAAUGAGAAAGAAUGGUACUGUCUACAGAUUUCAUGAAUCUUUUUACUAAUCAAACAAAAUGAGCGUUCGUGACCACACAGGAAUAUAAGACUCUCCAAUCGAAACCUAUGUAACAGUCUUGUAUCGCCAUGUUGAAAUAAGUCAGGUUAUUAUAAUUAAUUGUUCACUAAAAUGACUCAUUGAGGGUCUUCAAAAUGUAUUUUAUUAAUUUCUGCUUAGAGUGUAUUGUUUUUGUGAGUUAAGUUUUGUAUGUUGUUUCUGAAGCUCAUGUAAUAUUCAACGGUCAGUCAUUAGACAAAAUUAAAAAAAAAUUAACAGCUGAAUGUUUUGUUAAAUCUGUACACUUUGAAAUAUAGCUAGAUUGAUGUAAUAUAAUAUCAACGAAUUCUAGUCAAUUUUUAUCUUUAUCAUGCGAAACUAUCACAAAAUGGGAUUGACUAAAUCACAUGAAUACAGUCAUUCAAAAUCUAUCCGUUUAAUCAACAACCAUAUUUCAAUGAUAAUAAUAAUAAUAGCAAUCAAUAAAACGCAGUUAACUAGAAUUUUUCUGUUUAGCUAAAUUGGUUCUAUGAGAAAUACAUUUGUUAUCUAAGUUAGGGUCAAUUCUCGAUCAGAAGCAUGUGUUGGGGAUGCUAGAUCCCUAAAAAUCUCUUAGUAAACGUUUUAUUUGUGUAAUAUUAUUUUGGAAAUUUGAAUUUCUCAUUUUCGCGUCAAAAGCGACCAUUUUACCUUCAGAUUGUAUUUCUCGAUUAAAAGGACCUUAAAUGUCAUUAGUUCGUUCCCUCUUUUAAUACGCUAUGUUUUGACGUUUCCUAAGGACAUUUUUAUACUGCAUAUAUGCACUUGAAUUGUGUGCUUGUUCAUUCGUGCUUCUGGUUGCUUAUGGGAUAUACUUUUCCCUUGGCUGAAUCUGGUCCCUCCAUAAUUUUCUCCAAUCUACACUGUCAACUGCUUUCUCAUAGUCAAGGAAGUGGAUAUAUAGUGAUCAGUUCCAUUCAUUUGAUCGUUCAAUGCUAAUCCGCACUGUUGCGAUUUGGUCUGUGGACGACCGGUCCUUACGGAAUUCGGUGUGUUGAUCCAGAAGUUGGGCGUCCACUGAGUCUUUCAUCCGGUUCAGCAACACUGUUAAAAACGCUUCCUGGUACUGAAAGUAGUGUGACUCUUCUGUGGUUCUCACGCUAGCUCAGAUCUCCAUUCUUUGGAAUUUUGAUGAAGUAUCGUUCUUUCCAGUCCAGUCCAUCGUCAUUUGUUCCUCCUCCCAAAUCUUCCAGAAUAGGACGUGAAACAUGUUUUCAGUUGCUUGUAUGUCUGACUUCAGUGCUUCAGCUGGUAUAUUGCCAGGUGCUGCUGCUUUCACACUCUUGAUUUGUCUGAUGGUCAACCUGCUUUUUUCGAUCGUUGGUGGAGUGACAUCUAUGGGAAGGUCUGUAUGUGGUGUUUCGAUGUCCGGUGGAUUUAGUAGAGCUAGCUUAAUCAAGAGUUCCUCAAAUGUCCCUCCCUUCCCCUCCUCUGCUCUUGAAUCCCAUUGAUUGGCUUGCGUUGGCUGUGCUUGAACGUUCAGGGCAGAUUUUAAAUGGUUUAACUUGUUUAUUCUGGUUGCCCAACCCUCCUCCUUUAUCCGGACUUGAGACUGGCAGUAACUCUAGGAGAGCUACAGGCGGAAUUUCUACUGUGAUUGGGAAAUUCUAAAUUGUCUAGUUUGUUUUUAUCUUGAUAUUUUUCUCGAAAAAUAUCAAAAAUACUUGCAUAGAGUUCCAUCUUAUUUUAUGUUAGCCUUUUAUUGCUAUUUAGGUUUUGGCAGAUUAUUUUUGUUUUGUAUUCAGUAAUUGAGUUGAAUGCUUUUAUUUUAUUUUAUUUGAACACAUAUAUAUUGGUACAGGAGUGCGCCAAACAUAUAUGCGCCACACAAUUUCAGUUCAUUAAUUGCGUGUGGGCUGCGUUACUGCCCGGGUGCCCAGACCGAAGCAGGUGGUUAUCUUAGGGGGCCACACCCCGAGCCUUUGACCUAAAGGUCUAACCCACAAGGCAGUGGAGCAUCGUAAGGAGAUGCAAUCCCAUGGUAGCCGGUGACCAAAGAUUGGUUCAUACGCCAUUUGUUCCCUCAGGAUACUGGUACCUAUGUGCACCAUUGGUUUGGAAUCCGGUUAAAGCCCCGGACAUUCGCUUUUCGUCCUCUCAUUUUCGUAAACAACACCCCCGCCACGAGAAGGCAAUGAGUAGGACUUCCCUGGCAGAGGCUGUAUACGCGCGGCCGUGUGAGAGUAUUUCGAGAGGGAGGGCGAACCCACCCCGCUCUCGGCCAUACCAGGGCGUUUGGGGGCUUAGCCGUAAUCUAUGAACGCUCGGUUCAUUAUUAUUAUUGAUAACGUUAUUGCCAGCCACCACGAUGUCUCUAUACUUUUUUGUUAGUUGUACAAUGAAAGGUCGUAAACUUUUCGUAAACGCGCCUGACUAGGUCAUGCGAUUAUUAAAUAUAAUAAUGUGUUAGAACAAAUCAAAAUAUAUAGCUUGUUGAAAUAUCUAGGAGGGGAGGGGGGACAAGUAUCCCAGAUAUUCAAACAGAUCGCCAUUGGAGAUCAUAGUGUGAUAAUAUCGUCUGACUGCAACACUUAAUGAUUGAUACAGAUUCAAAUCCCCUCGGCGAUUGUAGAUACAGCUUGUUGAAAAAUCCCAACUAGCGUGGAACAUUAGGUCGAUCGUCAAUUGUCUCCGACACAUUAGAAGUCAAAAUGCCUAACCAUUAAUAAAUCACUUGGUUUAGUAACCGGAUUACGAAAUAUAUCAAUAACUUUCGAUCACUGACACAAACUAUACAGGCUCGCGUUAAUUUUUACCUAACGGUUAAUGAGUAUUAGUUUCCUUUUUCCUUAUUAUGGGUUAAAUGACUAAUGUUUGCCUAUGAAUUACUACAUCGAUAAAACUAUUUUAUACGCAUAUUUUAAUUUAUUGUGAAUCAGUUUCAAGUAGUUUCUUGUAAUAAAUGAAUAAUUUAUUAAUCAAUGAACUCAUUUACAAGUGUAUGAACCACACUCUCAUAAAACUACCUGGUUUUUCAAACCAAAAUAGAUUGAGCAGAAGUCGAACUUCAGAUUUAAUGUGACUUUUUUUAAAAAAAACUUAUUUAUAUUUACUAGAAAAUUCUAGUUCGCUUGAGUUCGGAUGAAGAUUUAAAAUUAUCUGAUACAUUUCGUUACUAUGCAAUUGAUACUGGAGCUGCACGUGACCUACUCUAUCGUCGAUGUCGUGCAUUAGCAGAUUAUGAAACUGCUAAUCGUAAUCUUGAUAAAGCUCGAGCACGUAUGAAAGAUGUUCAAACAGCGGAAGAUGCACAAACUGCAGCUAAUGAACGUUUCAAAUCUAUUUCAGAAUCAGCUAAACUUGGUAUGUGUUAUAUGAUAUAAAUAUCAUGUGUGUGUAUGUUAUCACUUGUCCUUAUUAAUAAAAAUAUUUUUCCUCUGAGAGUUUAACUGUUAUGAUUAUUGUUAGAAUAGUGAUGUUUAAAUAAGCGUUGAUAUAAUUUAUUUAAUUUUAUUCUACAAUAAUAUUUUAUAAAAUAAUUUGAAAAGAUGGCUCUAAAGGAACAAGAGUAUGAAAAAGAGAGAAAAAUUUCAAUACAUUAAGACCAUGGUAGAAGAAGAGGUUGUAGCAGUCUCUAUUGCAUAUACAAUCCUGGUUUUUCCAGAUGUAUGGCUAUUGCUUCGGCAAUGCAAAGAAGAUACAGUCUGAUUGUCUUCGGAAGACUUCUAUUUACCUUGUAGAUGACUUUGAACGCAGAGUCUGUCUUGAUUGAGUGACCCGUGUUCACAGGGUGUUCGAUUAUAGAAUUUCUUAUUGAGCCGUUGUUCACUUUUCUCAACUCUAAACAUAUACCAAAUGUAUACAAUUUCUUAGUUGUGUUGCGUUCUCUGAACUGUUUGAUAAUUUAAUUAUGAUAAAUAUGACACACUUUACGAUCUUAUCUGGUAUAGUUAGCGUUAUUCAGUCAGUCAUAAGCAACUUAGGAUCUAGCAUAUACGUACAUCGGUUCAAGGGAAAACAAUAAGUGGACGCACCUGUGCUAUUGUCAACGAUUCUGGGCCAUCUCACUUAAAGUCUGACACGUAGAUGGAAAUUUUGACCAGAUGUACAAAUGAGUCCUUUCAACAACAUACGUAGACUACAAGAUUUAACCUUUUGUUUGACCUUUGAAUGGAAUAUGUGCACAGGCACCCGAUAUUUCUGGAUGGUGUUAGUCUUAUGAUAUAUGCCCACAUUCCUAGUACUAAGUCUUAAUUUGAUGAUUAUUGCCUGAAUUGCUUUACGAGUAGUUUGUUUUGCGACAUCAAUCUCAUCUGAUUUUGUUUUGGUCUGCCUUAUUAAUGUGGUAAUUUGAAGUGUAUGCAUCAAAUUUUGGUAAAAAUCAUUGUAUGCAAUCAGGAUCAAGAACGCAACUUAUAGGUCCUCGUGCAAAAUUCAUAUACCACCUAUGACGAGCAGUAAAAAUAUCUUUUAAUACUUUUCGAAACGUUAAAAGAGAUAGUGAAGAAUUAAUUUUUACAACCAUACAGUGUUAAAAGUAUCGAAUACUCAAUUCUGUUCUUUGUAGUUUAUUAUAGCUGGUAAAUCAACAUUAUCCUCUAAUCCCAACCGUAAACGCUUAAUACUUGAACUAAUCGUAAUCUUGGGGCACUACAUUUUAUGUAUGACAUUUGAAAUCAUGAACCGAUCAAUGUUAGACCACCAUCGAGUCCCUCGUGCGGGAUCAUAGAUACACACCGCCGAGGAGCCCUAUACUAGGACGAAAUGCCCGUACAGUUCUCCUAGGUUUUAAUUGGUGGUCUAACAUUGAUCAGUUCAUGAUCUCAGCGAAAUUCAAUGAUCACAACCCGAAAUUGAAUAUUUUGUGAAUGAAGUAAUCACUCAACGCCUCUGUGCAUUUUUGUAUUUCUGUGAUAAGGACUCCAACACUUAAUCCUUUAGUGCCUACCACAAGUGCCUAAUUCUAACCAAGAACUUUGUGAGAACUCGGAAAGACCUAUUUGGAUCCUGAUAAGGACAAUCUAUAUCUACAAGGACAUAUUAAUGUUUUGUUCUUUCUUCAAUUUACAGACAGAGUAACCUGUAGAAGACUUUAAAAGAUUCAUUAACUAUUUAAAAUUUUACACUUUGUAAUAUUAUUGUUUUCUUUGCCAAAACUAUCCCAACCGUUGUUGUUAUAUUGAUGUGGUGGUCGGGCUUGCCUAUCGUGAUGAAACAAUAGAAUUAUACUGGCUGGAACAAUUGUUCCUCAAGGUCCUGCCAUGCCGGACAGGUCAGUUGAAGAGCGGUAAGACUAAAAGCAGCAAACCCAAGGUCCGAAGGCGAAGUCGUACUGCUGACUACAGAGGUGUGACGGCAAAACAGUGUUUCCUUCAGACAACCAAUAUAGCAGCGAUGUUGCCUUUCCACAAGGAGGGACGGGGUUGGAAGCGGUCGACCCUAAGAAUGCACACCUCGCCUUAUCCCACGAAUAUCUGUCUCCGGCGGAAGGUUUCAACAAGCACGGAGGUAACAUGAAAACUACUCACAAACCGUUCAUGUUUGAUCGACCUCAAGCAGUUAUUCCUUGGGCACUCACGCUCACUAACAUCACCUCUAAAUCGAUUUCCUUUUCAGGUCCCUCCAGGAAAACCCUUCCACGGUGUGGGCAACCGGAAUGUGAUAACCGCCCUUAUACCUCUAACAGCACUCAGGACCACCGACUAUCCAUUCAUAAAGGAUGUUUUUUGAUUAGCUAUCAACUGGGUGAAAAUCAGUCACGAUUGUUUUAAGUUUGUACCUAGAUCAUACUGUUUCAUUCAUACUUCGAAAACAGCUUCCGUGUUCGUUUUAAUUUUAAAACACUCUAUUUCUUUUGUAAUCCUAUCUGUAUUAUUUUAUUUCCUUGUAAUAAAUUCACUACCUACUCAAGAUAAUUUAAUGUACAAUUUUAUCUAUAUUUUUUACAGAAUUAGAAGAUUUCAAAGUUCGUCGAAUUAAAUAUUUCCAUAAAAAUUUAGUUGAUCUCGCUGAAUUAGAAGUCAAACAUGCUAAGGUGAGUAAAUGUAUGUUUUAACUUGAAAAAGUCUGUUACAAUUAAUGUAGUAUCUGGCUAAAAUAUCUGUUAACCAAAGCUGUCAUACUUAGAUUGAUUUUGUUACAAUUUGCGAUGAUUAACAACUAAUCAAUAGGCAAAACAAUGAUUUAUCUUGAAACCUGUCAUCAAUUACUUAUUAGCUGUGUAGAAAGAAUUUUGCACACACACAUUAUUUGACAUUUUAACUACAAAGUUUAUUCAUUAAAUAAGAAAGAUUAGUUCAGCAAAGAGUCAUAAGUGUUCAAUCAAACGAUCAUUAAACUUUCCUUGUUUUAAAAUUUUUUUAAUACCUUUGUUUAUUUAACCUCACUGUCACCAUGCCUAACAGAAGUUUAUUAUCAUUAAUAUUAUCAUCCUGUAAAAAUAAGUAUAUGUAUAUUUGCGAUUGUACAGCUUUGAAAAUGAAUUCACCUAAAAGAGAACUCUUCGCUGAACUAAUCUUUCUUAUUUAAUGUCUUAAUGGGUGUAUUCCGUUUAUUAAAGUUUAUUCAGUUGUAGUAUACUAAUUAGUGACUUGUAAACGAGACUAUAAUCAUCUUCAAGGUUCAUUUCUAGAUCUUAACUUAAUAUAUUACUAAUUUAAGAUCAUCGCAUUUCCAAACAAGUAAAAAAGUUUACACCUGAUUAGAAUGAUGAAGUCGAAAUAAAAAAACAUAACCGAUCAUAGGUAUCAAUGCGCAUAUAUAUAUUUGGUGCCCCCUUGUACCAAUAUUUAUGUGUUCAAAUAAAUAAAUAAUCAAUGCGAAUGUUGAACUUAUUAGUUUCAAAUAGAUUAAGCAUUGGGUAGAAAGUCAUUAAUAAAUAAAUAUUUUGUUGUAUCCUAAUGAGCAGAAAAGUUGUAUUUCUGACGUUUCGUGACUCAAUGUAAACCACUUCUUCAGAGUUAUUAAAUAACCAAAUUAAAUUAAACCAAGUUUAAGUAGUGCAAAGGAAACACUACAGAAUGUUUUUGGUACAAUCAAUAUCAUAAUAAGUUUGAAUAUGCCAAUGUCAGGCUAUUCUUGAUCAAGGUGAAUUUGUAUAACAUGUCUCUGUAUUAUUAUUAUUAUUAUUAUUAUUAUUAUUAUCAUUAUUAUUAUUAUUAUUAUUAUUAUUAUUAUUAUUAUUAUUAUUAUUAUUAUUAGCUUUAUUCAAUAUUAUAUUUUUGGUACAAUAUAGAAUUCUCAGCGCAAAGUAUUUCAACAGGUUUCCGUUUCUUUGUUCCUGGUCGGUCCUGGCGAUAAAUAUUGAGUGAUCGCCAGUUAGAUGUUAACAGUCCAGUAAAUGAACAUCUGAAUAAUGUACAUUUUUUUUCGUUGUAUAUUGCCAGCAACCACAUUCUUUCUUAUUGAGCUUUUUGUAACUUUCACAACGAAAGGUUGUACACUUUUUAGAAACGCAGCAGAAUUGGUUAUGCGAUUAAUAGACAUAAUGAUAUAUUAAAACAAACAAAAAUAGAUAACUUGUUGAAAUAUUUAGAUGGCAGGAACAGGUAGCCCAGACGCUCAAGCAGGCCGCCUUAGAUGAAAAUUUAAUUUGUGCGUCGGAAUGUGGGUAUGAAAAAUGUAUACAUUUGUAAUCUGAUAUAGUGGGGUUGAGAUUGGGUGUGUGUGUGGUUGGAAAAUAAAUAAGGUCAAAUGUGGUUGUUUUAUAAACAGUCGAGGUUGGAUGAAUAUUCUGGCCUUGUUUGCUAUUGAAGGAAGAGGGCUUUAUCAUUAUAUGAAACUCUUUGGCUACUAUCCUCUUUUUAUAAUUGGAAAAGCCUUUCUGAAUUAUUUUGAUAGUUUUGAUAUCCGUUUGGUAAUUAUUGAAAAUAUCAUGUACUGCUAUUGCUGAUUUAACCUGUAAAUUUUAUUGAGUCUUUUGGUGAAACUUGAGUAUUCCUUGGCACGAGUUGCAAUCUCACGGGAGGACUCUCCGACGUUGAAGGCAUCACAAUGGACAUAACCUAAUCUGUAAACAAAAUUUCGUGUGGAAGUGAACGUGGUCGUAGCUUUUAUUCUAACUAAAGCAUUUCUUAGAGUUCCCAGAUAGAAUUAAUAAAAUCUUCAUUAAUGCGAUUAAAACUAAUCAAUAUACCUGUAUGAAAUCACCUACGAUUACCAUGGAAUCUACGGUUUGUACCAAAAGUAACACCUCAAUCACCACUACCACUACUACUACUAGUAAUAGUGCCCAUUCCAAUUCACAAACAAAUAACAACAUUACCACAUUUAACUCGUCAAAAUAAUCACAUGUGUUUUUGAUUUGAAAUGUAUGGGGGAUAAAAGACAAUUCCCUCAAUCCUUUUUUUCCCUAAAUAUUCCACCGCCUUCAACACAGCCUUAUCCCGCUGAUGACGAUGAUGAUGGUCAGUUAAAUAUUAUAUGUUUCUCUGUGUGUAAAUUAUUAUAAACUUCAUUGAUUUCUAUUUUCCUACUAUAUUAUUAUUUCUCCAAUUCCAUGUGUUCGGGUUUGUGUUUAGUUUGUACUUUUCUACUACUAUUUCCGUCAAAUUCUUCUAUAUAUCCAUCCACCCACUGUACUACUACUACUUGCUGUGAAAGGAAUUAUCAAAUAUGAUUCUUAUUUUCUUAUCUUAACAUCCAAUCCUAUAAUGUAAGAAUGUCAAAAUCAAUUAACUUCACUGUUAACAAGUUUUUUUGAAUUCAACUGUAAGCGUUGAAGACGACAACUCUUCCAAACGUCUUCUGUGUUACUGUAUCAUCGUAGGUUUGUGUGUGUCCGUGUUUGUGUAUGUAUGUGCUAUUGGCUUUCUUGUUUGAUUAAUAUACAAUUCAUAUUCUAAUUAAAUUUACCAAUCAUACCAACUUCUUCCUCCUUCAUAUUACUACAUUCUGUGAUCAAAAUGAAAAACUCGAAAUGAUUAUCUUAUACUGAUGAACUCGUUUAUUAUAUGAAGCGAAAACAAAACGACAUAUUAUCUCUAUUAUUAGUGGGAAUAAAUUGAACCCCAACCUCAUGUCACGCACACUCACUUUUAUUUCCUAGGUGUGAAAUUAUCAUUCACUAUUAUCUUAUUCUUUAAUUCACUUAUAUGUAUACUUGGUUUAUUUGGUUUUCACUUUAUAAUCUUAUUUUUUACUUUUGCUUGUUUGUGCUAAUUUCGUUGAAAAAUUGUUCAUUGAAAUUAUUUUUUAUCAAGGUGUUCUUACUAUUUGACCAUUCAUGUGUCAAGUAUUUUGUAUAAUUCUAAUAAAAUAUAUAUGCGCUGCACUUCGUUUCGUCAUUGGAUUUGUGUGAAGUCUGGAGUAUAUGUAUAUAUGAUAAUGAUUUAUUCAUGAGUCAACAUUACUUGAAGUACGCUUAAGAAAUAGAAAGGACUGAUCAAAAAUGUUUCUUUUUACAUAAAACUCUUUGGGAGUAUAUAUUCAUUGUUCUGUCUGGAAUCGAACUCAGAACCCAUGGGUCUUUCAGUUAUCUCAUUAUAAGCUAUCGUGAAUUGGAAUUCAAUGGUCUGUUGCUCCUAAUUUCAGUCAGUUUGUGCAUAUUUUGCUACUACCUGUUAAACGCUCUUUAACAUAAAAGAAAGGAUUAAGUGAAUAUUUAAGAUAAGACAAACUAAUAAUUAUUUCGGAAUGAUAACUGUUUUUUAUCUUGUCAAAACUACCCGAUGUAUGAAGAUCUAUUAACUAUGGUUGUAAGUACGAUAAGAAACAAGAGUAGCUUGAAGACAAACUUUACACAUUAAUGAUACUAUAUCGUGUAAUUGAAGUCGUUGGCAGAGAAUAAAUUGCUACUUUGAUUUAUUACGGAAACUGAACUAGAGCAAACGACUAGUUUUUAGUUUACUUCUGGAACUGCAUAGGUCACUGAUGAACUGUCAAAAUAAGAUGGAUGAAGUUCGGAUAGUUUUUAACUAUUUAUUUGUUCAACUAGGUAAAAUACUAACACCAGUGUUUCUGCUACAGUCGAGCAAAACAUGUACUUCUGCAUGCCUCACUGCGUAAUAGGUGAACAGAGUUGAGUAGUUAUUGGUUGCUUUAUUAACUUGUAGGUACACUAAUUCGGCUACAUAUUUUGCUUAUAUAUGGCUAGUAGUUCAGUUCUCCGAGAUCUAUCUGGGUUGGGAUUUAUCAUUUCGAAUUUCCGAGCGUAAACCACUGUGUUACUAUUGAUAAGUGAUUUAGAAAAAUUCGCUAAUUGAGAAAAACAAAUCAGUGUAGAAUGGCAUAUCUCUAGACCAACUGAUAUCAGUUGAAUAAAAGAUCGUUUCCGUUACAAACUUCAUUUGUCACUGCAAAGUUCAUUAGAUAUUGUGUUCCGAAACCUGACAAAGAACGAAUAUUUAACCGGUACAUCCAAGUCUGUAUUUGAAACCAAACUAGUUAUGAGUUGGAUCCUAAGUUUCUAAAUUCCUUUUAUUCUUUAUAUUCGACUUAGUUCUAUAUUCUUGGAACGUAUAUUCACUGGCUAAACUUUUCUAUGAGCGUUAAUACUGUUACUAUCUCUUCUACGGCGGUAUCUGUCCUAAUAAUUUCAUGUCUCCACGCUAAAGGGGUUUGUCCACUUGAACUGAUGUACACAUGUUCUACUUUUCGUUUGACUAUUGG